AUGAAAUUUAUUGUUUUAUUUACAAUUCCAAUACUUAUUUUAUCUCUUCCUAGUGAACAUCGGUAUUCUACAAAUAAUUUAGAAGAAAUAAAAUAUAAUAUUGAACAAAUUCUUAGUAAUUCAAAAUAUUUAACACCAAAUCAAGUGGAUAGAAAAAUUGAAAAUUUAAUUAACAGUUCUGGUGAUGUUAAUAGAAGAGAUGAAUUACUUAUAUGGUAUAAAAAUCUUAAAGAUAAAAAAGCACAUCGAAAAGAAUUAUUAAAAACAACAAUAAUGAAUAUGUCACAAGAAGCAAGAACAUUUAUAUUUAGAAUUAUACUAAUACAACAAAAUGAACGUUUAUCACCAAUUGAAAAAGAGAUACGUUUAAGAAAAGUUAGUGAUUUAAUGAGUAAUGAAGUAAGAAAUGAAAUUGCACAAAAUUUAUUAUCUCAUGAUCAUUUACAAAAAUUUCUUCCAUUAAAUCAAUCAUAA